AUGCUGGAAUACAUUGCCGGGCUUCUCCGGCGGUAUGGCGACGCGCGGAAUGCCGCCGGUGCCGCGCGGCUCCACGCCCAGAUCCUGCGUAGCAGCCAGCGGCACAAUGUUUACCUCGCCAACACUCUCAUGCACAGCUAUGGCCGCUGCGGCUGCGUGGAUGAGGCCCGCCGCGUGUUUGACGCCAUCCCCCAGCGCAAUCCCUUCUCCUGGAACAUCCUCGCCACCGCCUACAUUCACAAUGGAUUCCUGCAAGAGGCAAAGCGAGUCCUGGACAGGAUGCCGCAGCCCAGCGCGGUGUCGUGGAAUCUUAUGCUGGCGGCAUACAGCAGGGAGGGGCUUACCGCCGAGGCCAGAGCUAUGUUUGAUUCCAUGCCCGAGCUCAAUUCCAUGGCCUGGAAUUCCAUCCUUUCAGGGUAUGCCCAUACUGGGCAUUGCGUGGCUGAAGUUCUAACCGUGUUCCAACGUAUGCCUGGCCACGACGUGAUCAGCUGGAAUACACUUCUUCUUGCGAUCUCCGAGACAGGUGACGCCGGCGGUACUAAGCGCGUCUUUGACGGCAUGGCACAGCGCACUCUAGUAUCUUGGACUUGCGCCAUGCAAGCAAAUGCCAGGACCGGGGAUGUGGUGGCAGCGAGGGAUGUGUUUGACAAGAUGCCGCUGCGUGACGUGGUGGCGUGGACAGCCAUGCUCCAAGCCUACGCCCAGGAUUUGGAUAGUCUUGAGGCCUUGUUCCGCGUCAUGCCGCAGCGUGACGCAGCGUCAUGCUCGCUGAGGCUGGCGGUGUGCUCCACCGGAUGA